CCCCUGUCACACGAGAAGCUUUAAUCUCAUUUCUAUCUAAUGACAUUCGAUACAUCAAAUGACAUUAGGUACCUUGCGCUGCUACACGGCAGAAAAUAAUGUCAUUUGUAGACGAUGGCAAUGGCGAUGCAGUGAACACUAGAAUGAUCAAGAAAGUCGCAACAUGUGUAAAAAAACAUGUUGAUAUAUAUAUCAGGUUUAAUGAAAUUUGAUUUUAGCGUGAUAGCAACAACAUGCAAUUAACAUUAUGAGGUUUUCUACAUAUUUAAGAAAAACUCACACAUACGCAGUCGAGACAAGACCGCAGCCACGUAGGAAUCCAAUAUUUGGUCAACGAGCAAUAUGUCUGACAUGGCGGAGUGCGACGACGCUGCUGAAAGUUCUCCCGCCGAUCGGAUGAGACGCAUUCUUGCAGCUUAUUUCUGCUUUCGUGCAAGGCGCAUCAAUGAGGAAAGACUGCUGGACAUUCAGAUAGAAGAACAGGAAAGUGAGUCGCGUGAUAUUGAAGAGCGGCUGCAGGCCAGUGCCUUUACAGUUGCUGCAGUAAUGGCAGCAUCAUUCAGCGUUCAUAGAGAACGAUGGAGCUUCCAGCGAAAUGAGCGCUGGUUUGAAGACACCAUGCCUCAUCUAGGGGAAUAUCACUUCAAGCAAGCGUUCCGGGUGUCACCGACAACAUUUAGAUACCUGGUAGAAUCCUGCAGGGUUUCUUUGGAGCGCCAGACAACGAACAUGAGGAAAGCGAUCUCCGUGAAGAAGAGGGUGGCCGUAGGCUUGUACCGGCUGUGCUCAAGUGCCGAAGACAGGACCAUUGCGGACCUUUUUGGCAUUGGAAGGUCCACUGUGAAUACCAUAUUCAGAGAAUUCUGUAAAACGGUAAUCGACCGGCUCGAAGCCGAAUGGAUACGAAUGGUGGGCCGAAGGGAGUUGGAGGAACAUAUGAGAGAGUGCUUUGCUGUGAACGGUUUCCCGCAGGUUGUGGGCGCACUCGACGGCUGCCAUUUCGGUAUAUCGCCGCCAAAGGAGAACGCAGCCGACUACCACAACUAUAAAGGAUGGUACAGCGUAAUACUGCUGGCAGUCGUCGACCAUCGGUACCGUUUCAGGUACAUAAAUGUGGGGGCACCUGGUAGGUGUCAUGACGCAUAUGUCUAUGGGCGAUCACGGCUGUGCGAAUUGAUAGAAAGUGGCCUCCUAGAGUCUCCAGCAGCCAUUAUAGAAAAUUACAGUGUCAAGCCUGUUAUUCUUUGUGACCAGGCCUUCCCGCUGACACAACAUUUGAUGAAGCCCUAUCCAUCUGCUUCACCUGGGACCACCGAAGCUGUCUUCAAUUAUAAUUUGUCGAAAACAAGACGGAUUGUUGAAAAUACCUUUGGCAGGUUGAAGGCACGAUUUCGCUUCACAAUGAAGCGGAUGGAGUGCAAGCUUCCAAACGCUAAACAGGCUGUCAGGACAUCGUGCAUUCUGCACAACAUCUGCGAGUCUUUCAAGGACACCGUGGAGCAACACUGGGAGCAAGAUGUGCAGGCCUUUCAGGCAGUGUACCAGCAACCAUCCCACAACACCAGCGUGUCAACAGCACAAGCGCAAGAAGUGAGAGCAGCACUCGCAAAGUACUUUUGGAACCGAGCUCAACAGAACACACUGCUGUCGUGAUUUAAAUUUUACACAAAGAGUGCAGUCGACCUACAUAUUACUAUAUUUAUGUGGGCAAGUGUGCAUGUAUUUUCCCUUUUUCAUCCUUCCAUUAUGUUCAGGUCAAUGCUAAAUUGUUCUGUGGGUACAAGGAAACCACAUCGAAACAGUGUAAAAACAUUUAUUCAC